AUGACGGAAUCGAAGCACUUUGCUAUUCUUCGCGUCGCUCCAGUAACCAGCGUAGAGGUCCCCCUUCCCUACUCGGGGCUUCCCCCUUCCCAUCUCGUAGUUCCAACCCUCCAAUCCCUCCCCUUACCCAAUCUCCCGUCCCUCUGUCCCCCCUCUUCCGUCCCGUCUUUCCUACUUCCAUCCAUCCCUUUUCCGCCUCUCCCCUCAUUCUCUUCCACCUGUCGCUCACGCACACCCAUCGCUCCCGACUUCCCCCUUGAGUCCCCCAUUCCCUUCCCUCGCCCUCCGCUCACUUCCCUUGCCUCUCGUCUCGUAUCCUCCCUUCUCCCUCUGCCCCUACCCUCCCGUCGUGUGCCUGAAUUUUCCCUGCCCUCUGUUCCCUUCUCCUCCCUUCCCAAUUUUUUCUACACUCCCCUCCCUCUCCCUCCACCACUCCUCUCGCCCUUAUCCCCACACACUGAACCCCCCUUCUUCCCUUCCCUGCACAACCUCCUCCCUUCCUUCCCUUCUCUCACUGAACCCCCCUUUUUUCCUUUCUUCUCAUUUCCUCUCUUCCCCAUCUUCUCCUCUCCUUCCCUCACUCUCAGCCCCUCACUCUUUGCCUCUCCUCCCCUCUCUCUCUGCUGGCCCCUUCGCUCCCGCUCGUUGCUCCGUUGCUCCCUCUCUGCCCCUCUUCCUUGA